UAUUCAGUUUUGAAGCAUUCAAUGAUCUUUGACGUAUCUUGUAAAACUAUGGACAUGUAAAUCUCUGCUUCUCAAAGUGGAUCUGAAAUGUUUUGAAUCAGUUUCUAAUCAUGGAGCGACCAAAAGUAAGAGCGGACUGAUCAGACACUUGGUGGAUUCUACCCUUCAGACAUGUCCCCCGUUUCGGACUAAAAAGCAUUCGUCCUCAGACUCAGACACUCAGAGCAGGAGCGGAUAUUUGUUCCCCGGUGGCUCCGUCCACCUCUCAGGGAGAUGGCAGCGGCCAUCGCCAGCUCCCUGAUCCGUCAGAAGCGUCAGGCCCGUGAGUCCAACAGCGACAAGGUUGCCACCAACAAGAGACGCACAAGUCCCAGUAAAGACCCGAGGUCUCUGUGUGAGAGACACAUCUUCAGCGUCUUCAGCAAAGUUCGCUUCUGCAGCGGGAAGAAAAGACCCGUGCGACGGAAACCAGAGCCGCAGCUGAAGGGCAUCGUGACGCGUCUCUUCAGUGAGCAGGGCUUCUUCCUGCAGAUGCAGCCUGAUGGAGCCAUCAGUGGAAACAAGGACGAGAACAGCGACUACACUCUGUUUAACCUGAUCCCAGUAGGUUUGAGGGUUGUGGCCAUCCAGGGAGUGAAGGCUGGACUCUACGUGGCCAUGAACGCAGAGGGAUUCCUCUAUACAUCAGAUGUGUUCACAGCAGAGUGUAAGUUCAAGGAGUCGGUGUUUGAGAACUACUACGUCAUCUACUCGUCCACGCUGUACCGACAGCACGAGUCGGGCCGGGCCUGGUUCCUGGGCCUCAACAAGGACGGCAUCAUCAUGAAGGGGAACCGCGUGAAGAAGACCAAACCCUGCUCACACUUCGUCCCCAGACCCAUUGAAGUCUGUAUGUAUAAGGAGCCGUCGCUGCACGAGCUCGAGGAGAAGCUGCUGAAGUCCUCGCGGAGCCCGACGAUUAACAGCGUGGAGCGGAGGGCUCUGGGGAACCAGGAGGAGGAGCAGCAGGAGGACUGCACAGAGCAGGACGGAUCAUAGCCUGCAGCGCCCCCCACAGGAGGAGCAGGAGGAGGAGGAGGAGGAGGAGGAGGAGGAGGAGGCGAACUCCCAUUUUAACACUCCCUUUGUUCAGCAACAAAAGCAACUACAACCACACCAACGACAACAACAACCGCCACGAUGACGACGACGACGACGGCGACAACAACGAAAACAAAGAAAAAAAAGAAGCUUAAAAAAAAAAAAAAACGGGGAAAAAUCUUCUUGCUCAUGUUGAAAUAUUUGAAAUCUGCCGGGGGAGGGCGAGGGGGAGGGGCUUGUUUGAAAAUGGGAAAAAAAAAAAAAAAAAAUCAGGACUUUGAUGAUGAUGAGUUACAUUUUAUGCAAAAAGCCCUGCUGAUACGGCGCCUGGAGGCGAGCACACCUACUCUUCAUCGCCACGUUGUAAUCAUCAUCAUCAUUACUGUCACGACGAUGACGAGAUGUUUCCCGAGUUGAGCGAGCGCUGAGAACUCUGAAGCUUUAAGCCAUGUAGAAACUUCACUUCCUUUCAUUUCUUGAUGAAUGCAAAAACUUUCGCACUUUCAACACGCCGCGCUUCUUCUUCUUCUUCUUCCUCUCCGUGAUGUUCCGUCCAAUCAGAGAGGAGGUUUUUUUUCUGUUUUGUGCCACAUCCUGUUUGUUUCUCGGGGUCGGGGAGUCGUGGGAUUUGUUGCAGACACUGCCGAUAAAAAGCUUCAGAGGAGAAGGAAGGACUUCCUGUUGUGUUGGGACCGGACCGAUGGCGUCUGUCAGGUGAUCUGCGCCGUGCUUGUGGUAUCGACGCUUCGAUCAGAGCGACCUGCUGGUGUCUGGAGACUUCCUGCUGCAGAUUACUGACAGUUUGUCUGGUGUCUGACGCAGCGUCCUGGUGUCUCUGCAGAUUUAUUCAGCGUGAGCUUCACAUUCCUACACGUUUAAGAACAUCUGUCAGUUUUUAUGUUGAUUUCCUUCCAGACAGAAAUCACUUCCUGUGGAAAUCAAUGUCAGAGAUGUGAGAUUUACUGCAGAGAGAUGAUCCGUCCGAAGAGUCGACUUUUAAAAAGUAGAAUGAAAUCAGACGAUCCUCAAAAACACUGAACAAAAAAAAAAAAAAGACAA